AGUCACGCGUGUAUCCGGCGCGGGCGCAAGACGUGCCCGUCGUCGCUUUUCGUGGCAUCAAUAUUGUUACGAAAAUAUUAAAAGUUUCGCACAUUAUUAUUAAGCUUUGACUUGAUUGGCACAAUUAAUUGGUUACUUUGAAAUAUUUGUUUUGAAUUUAAAAAGGUGGGGCACGACCUAUUCUGAGAUAGUGGAUGUGUUGAUAAAGUGCAGUAUUACGAACCGUGAAGUGAGUUUAAAGGAAAACAAUAUAUAAUGAGGUGUGACUUCAUCCAAUGAUGUUUAAUGUGAAAUGUGACUCAAUCUUUGCCAUUGGACCUUGAUAACAGUUUUACAAAAGUUUAUCAUCUAGUCUUUAAAUUAAGCUGUAGAUACGAUACGUUGAGUGUUGUGUGGAUAUAUUAAAAUUCGACUGGAUGUUACUUGUUACCCUUGAAAAGAAAUUUGACUAAACGAAACGAUAUAAUGUCGCGACUACCGACGGCCCUUCUCAUCGGGGCGUGUUUUAUAGGCACAGUUAUUUGCCAGCGCGCUGAGCACCUUUUAGCACAAAACCCAUGCUCUAGUAAAACGACAUGUAGCGACUGCAUCAGAACGCCUAGCUGUGCGUGGUGUUUCGCUGCCGAUUUCAAUGGACCACGGUGCUUCAAUCCAGCUAUGGAGGGCGGCACCGGUGGAUGUGACGAAGCGUACAUCUUCAAUCCGGAUAAUCAGCGCUCUAUUGACCCCUUGUAUAAUAAGGAAUUGAGUAGAGCUAUAGGUCGCAUGGGUAUCGGUAUGGGCUCGUCUUCCUACGAAGAAACGAUGAGUGCAAAGACUGGAGGGUUUGGUGCCGGUGGAGGUUCCGCUGGAGCGGCAGCUGGCGGUGACAAUUUGGUGCAACUCAAACCACAGAGGGUUAAAUUGCAACUGAGAAUGAACGAAAUGCAGAAGUUGACAUUCGCUUAUUCGCAAGCUCAAGAUUACCCAGUAGAUCUUUACUACUUGAUGGAUCUGAGUAGAUCAAUGAAGAACGACAAAGAAAAGCUCAGUACCCUAGGUAGCUUACUCUUGAUCUCGCCCUGCGACGGCUGUGCAGCUCCGUACGGUUUCAAAAACCAAAUGUCUCUGAGUAACGACACGGACUAUUUCGAUCAAGCAGUAGCUAAGGCGGACGUGUCUGGUAACCUCGACGCGCCUGAGGGUGGAUUCGACGCCAUAAUGCAAGCGGUCGUCUGCAAGGGUCAGAUCGGUUGGCGUGAUCAAGCGCGGCGGUUGCUCGUCUUCUCCACCGAUGCUGGCUUCCACUACGCUGGUGAUGGUAAGCUUGGUGGCAUCGUGCAACCAAAUGACGGUGAAUGUCAUAUGGAAGACAAUUCCUACACACACUCAACUUUACAGGACUACCCAAGUAUUUCACAGAUCAAUCUGAAGGUGAAACAGCACGCUAUCAACGUAAUAUUCGCUGUGACGUCGGAACAAAUAAGUGUGUAUGAAGAGUUGAGUAAGAACAUUGAAGGCUCUAGUAGUGGUGUAUUGAGUGAGGAUUCAGGGAAUGUGGUGGAACUAGUGAGAGAACAAUACAAUAUCUCAAAAAUGGCUGAAAAUCCGAAUAAUGCUGGACCAAGCGGGUCACAGGGCCGCCUUCUGCCGUGCUAUCCCUGCACUGUAACACCUGGUGGCACGGUACGGGUUGAGGAUUCUUCGACCUUGUACCAUAUCACGGACAGCGGAGGUACUCGUCCAUGGAGACCCGUCAGCACUCCUCGCAUGGCAACACCUAGCGAGCGGCGCAAGCGGGCCAGCGCGCGUUCAACAGUUGGUGGGCUCCCGUCAAAGUGCCGUCGUUCCCUGCAUCUUACGGAAGAUGACAUAACAAAUGUAUUGAACGACUCGGGCAGCGACGAUGACGCAAGUAAUGAUGAGGACUUUCGCGAUGACGAACCCGACGUCGUUGACUUUGUGUUCUUCCGCGAACGCGCCCGUAAACUGCGGAACUGCGUUGUGAUGGAUGACCCGCAAGAUGGGUGUGUGCUCAACGAGGAAGGUGAUGUGAGUAUGAAUGUGAGCGUGCAGUGUGAACGGCUGGUUGAAGAGCGGAUUGAUGAAAACAUGGAUGUGGUGCAUGAAUGUGAUGAUGAUGUAAGAGGACAGGCUGCAAGUGAUGAAAGGUCUGUAAGUGAUAAUUUAAGAGGACAGGCUGCAAGUGAUGAAAGGUCUGUAAGUGAUAAUUUGAGAGGACAGGCUGCAAGUGAUGAAAGGUCUGUAAGUGACAAUUUAAGAGGACAGGCUGCAAGUGAUGAAAGGUCUAAAAUCACAUCGACUGUAGAAAUGAAGGACACUUCGAGCGAUGCCGUGCAGAUAGUCUAUUACUCAUCCUGUCUAGGUGGAAAGGAACCCAUACAGACGAACAAAUGUGAUGGGCUAAAGGUCGGAGAUAUUGUCACGUUUACGGCGGAAAUAACUCUGAAAGAGUGUCCCAAAGACCCAAAGAACUGGAAGCAAUCGUUCCAAAUUUACCCUGUGGGUAUAUCGGAAAAUCUUAUGGUGGAAGUGGAAAUGAUAUGCGAUUGUCCAUGUGAGCAUCCUGGCCAUCACGCGUACGAUGAUAGUCCGCUAGUUUGCAGCGGUCAGGGUAUAUCCGCAUGCGGCGUUUGCCUCUGCAAUCCGGGCCGAUUCGGGAAAGGUUGCGAAUGUUCCGCUCACGGUGGUGUAUCACUGGAACAGGAGCGAGGCUGCCGACCAACUAACGCUACGUUCGGACCGCUGUGUUCUAACCGCGGCACGUCGGAAAUGGCAAAUGUGUAUGUGGACAGUGCGUGUGCAAUGUGGAUGACGAGCAUCACUAUUCUGGAACGUAUUGUGAAAAGUGUCCGUCGCGGCCCUCUGUACCACCCCGACGAAGUGGAAGGCAACCGAUGUCUCAACUGUAGUCUGUUCCCAAUCAUUGUGGAAGGAAAACUAGAAGGUGUUCAUUCUGGGCAUAGUGCUGGGUGUUAUCGCGGCUAUAGUUCUGGUAGGGUUGGCGCUCCUGAUGCUGUGGAAGAUGGUCACCACAAUACAUGACCGUAGAGAGUUCGCGCGCUUCGAGAAGGAGCGAAUGAUGGCCAAGUGGGACACUGGCGAGAAUCCCAUUUACAAGCAAGCAACGUCUACAUUUAAAAACCCAACGUAUGCUGGAAAGUAAUGUGUUCACUCAAAGAAUAAUAUAGAUUCUACAGUCAUGUUCGUAUGUCUGUUUUCAGUCACCGUUGUGUCAUCAUCAUAGACUACAUUGAAGUGUAUUUGAAGCUUUGUCUGAUGUUUAUGAAGUUGCCUUUAGGAAGUGCCUUUUAUAUUGAAACUUUGAUACGAAUUUUUUUUCAAACAAACGCGUUUGUAUAAAAAAAUCAUUUAGACAUAAUUUUUAAUUUUACAAGCUAAGGGAAUUGAAAUAUCGUUUAGUUAACAAUGAAUAUGGUGGCACAAAGCUAGGAUUAUAUCUCUAUGAAAAAUUAUAUAUGCUUUUUGUACUUAUUCAUGUGUGUGUGCGUAUGUUUGAAUGUACUUACUUGUGUAGUUUGAACAUUGAUAUAGUAAUGUGACUGAACAGAAAUAUUCUAUGCAUAAUUAAAACUGCUUCGCCGUGUUUAUUGAUAGAAAUAACAUUUAGAAUGAUGUUCACAGUCUUACAAGUUGUUGCUAAUUAUUCUAUAAAAUUAAUAGCAAUCGUUUGAAUGUAACGCUGAGAAAGUUGCACUUAGAGGAAUAUUAUCGGAUAAUCUUUUUUUUUAAGAAUUAACGCAUUCUCAAUUAACGCAUUCUCAAUAUUAGUAACAUUUAUAUUUAACAAUAAACUACAUGUUUUAAAAGUUCAUAUUUCUAAAAGGAGUAGUGAAUGGAAGUUAUCGAAGGUAUCAUUACGAUAUGUUAGCUUGUAACACUGCCAGUCAAUAGUGGUUGUAUAUGACUGUUUGUUAUAUUCUAGAUCUAUUUAAAAUAUAUGAUUACAGAAACGUGAACAUAAUAGUGCAUAUAAAAUAUUUAGAAAAUAUAUCUAACAC